UUGUGGCAAUUUUGUUCGGGUGAUACAGAUGUUCAACCGUACCCAUUUAUACGUUUGUGGUAGUGGAGCAUUCAGUCCCGUCUGCGCAUACCUCAACAGAGGACGAAGAUCUGAAGAGCAAGUUUUCAAGAUUGACUCCAAAGGGGAAUCAGGAAAGGGACGCUGCUCUUUCAACCCCAGUGCAAACACGGUCUCUCUUAUGAUCAACCAAGAGCUAUUUUCGGCCAUGUAUAUUGAUUUCAUGGGCACUGACGCAGCCAUUUUUCGCAGCUUAACCAGACGGAAUGCAGUGAGGACUGAUCAACACAACUCGAAAUGGCUAAGUGAGCCCAUCUUUGUGGAUGCUCAUCUCAUCCCAGAUGGCACCGACCCCAACGAUGCUAAAGUGUACUUCUUCUUCAAAGAGAAGCUGAUGGACAACAGUGGCACCACCAAACAGAUCCACUCCAUGAUUGCCAGGAUAUGUCCUAAUGACACAGGUGGGCAGCGAAGUCUGGUCAACAAAUGGACCACUUAUUUGAAGGCAAGACUGGUGUGUUCGGUCUUGGAUGAUGAUGGCACGGAGACCUAUUUUGAUGAAUUAGAGGAUGUUUUUCUACUUGAAACAGAGAAUCCGAGAACAACCCUUAUAUAUGGCAUUUUCACCACUUCCAGUUCGGUAUUUAAAGGUUCAGCAGUUUGUGUCUAUCACUUAUCUGACAUUCAGCGAGUGUUCAAUGGACCGUUUGCCCACAAGGAAGGACCAAACCAUCAACUGAUUCCCUAUCAAGGAAGAAUCCCUUAUCCACGACCAGGGACUUGUCCCGGAGGAGCGUUCACGCCCAACAUUCGGACAACCAAGGAGUUUCCAGAUGAUGUGGUUACUUUCAUCAGGAAUCAUCCCUUGAUGUUUAAUUCCAUCUAUCCAAUUCAUAAGAGGCCAUUAAUUAUUCGGACAGGCACGGACUACAAGUACACAAAGAUAGCCGUUGAUCGGGUCAGUGCGGCCGAUGGAAGAUAUCAUGUUUUGUUUCUUGGAACCGACCAGGGGACUGUGCAGAAGGUGGUGGCCCUGCCCACUAAUUCAUCGACAAAUGGAGAGCUUAUCUUAGAAGAACUGGAAGUUUUUAAGAACAACGCCCCGAUAACAACAAUGGCCAUUUCAUCUAAAAAGCAACAGUUGUACGUCAGCUCCGAUGAAGGCGUUACCCAGGUGUCCUUACACCGUUGCCACAUCUACGGGACGGCUUGUGCUGAUUGCUGCCUGGCUAGAGACCCUUAUUGUGCCUGGGAUGGCAACUCCUGUUCCAGGUUCUAUCCAACAGGCAAAAGGCGGAGUCGAAGGCAAGACGUGAGACAUGGAAACCCCAUGACUCAGUGCCGAGGAUUUAACCUCAAAGCUUAUCGAAACGCCGCUGAAGUCAUUCAGUAUGGAGUCAAGAACAACACCACUUUCCUUGAGUGUACACCUAAAUCUCCCCAAGCUUCUAUUAAAUGGCUUUUCCAAAAGGACAAUGAUCGAAGGAAAGAGGUGAAACUCAGUGAAAGAAUCCUAGCCACUCAACAAGGGCUUCUAAUCCGUUCGGUGCAGGAAGCCGACUGUGGGACGUACCACUGUAUUGCCACGGAAAAUGGCUUCAAGCAAACCAUAGCCAAGGUGAGCUUCAAGGUUUUGGAUUCAGACACCGUGGCCUUCAUGAUGGACAAGUGGUCUCCGUGGACUUGGGCCAGUUCGCUCCACGCUUUGCAGUUCCACCCCAAGGACCUGGCUGGAACUUUCAGCCACUCUGAACUCCAGAUGAUCAAUCAAUAUUGCAAAGACACGCGGCAAUUGGGCCAACAGGCGGAUGGUUCCUCCAAGAUGAGAGGGGACUAUGGCAAAUUAAAGGCUCUUCUCAACAGCCGGAAAAGCAGGAACCGUAGGAACCAGUGGCCCGGAUCCUAAAGGGCCCAGCUCUGUCCACAAACUUCUUCUUCAUCACCACGGCCAUCUUGUACACUCCCACAAGGAAUUCAUUUUUUUUCAUCAGGUGGUUUUUUUUCCCUGCUGAGAUUUGAGGGAAACAGCGACCAAGCCCACGCAGCAAAAGUUCAGGACACUCCAAACUCUCUAAGCUGGAAUCAGACAACUUAAAGACCAAGUCCAAAGAGAUGUCCAUCGUGAAGUCACCUGUUGAUCCCUCUUUGAUCUAUAAGCCUUCAGAGAGAGGGGUGUUGUGCCAUGUUUCAUGGCCAUCUUUGUUGUUUCUAAAGGACGAAGCCCUUGAACGUCCAGCUUGGAAUCAUGGAAGGUUGGAAGGGAAGAGUGGGUUAGGACAAAGAGUGACUUGGAGUGGUCUCCAUCUACAUAUACGGUUGUGUGUGUGUCUAUGUGUGAUUCUCUGUUUACGGUACGUUGCGUUGACGAAGGAGCACGGAUUCCAAAGUCAAUUUCCCAUAUUAAUGUCCCAGAAAGGAUCAGGCUGAUUAGGAAUUAUGGGGUUGGGAGUACAUCACAAUUAAAGGAGCCUCAGAUUGGGGAAGGCUAAUCUCACCAUUGUUCAGGCAUUUACCGUGUUUGGUUAGCGGAGAUCAAAAUUAAUUCCAUUUCCAUUGCAUAUUUGUAUAAAAUGGAAAUUAAAAAAUAAUGCCUACACCUAGUCCAAAACUACAGGUA